CCGAGACCGUUUGGUCUCACUGCGCGAGAGAUUAUCGCCCUCCGGGAAUCGGGCCAACUCCACAGGCUUCUUUGUAUUACUGAAGAUGAAAUCAACGACAAAAGCAAGUCCAACGUGUUUGUCAAGGCGAUUGCAGCCACGAAUCCUCUGGAUGCUUAUGCAAGAAUUUGUUCCAACAGAGCGAAGCCUGGCUCUCGCACAGCUUGAGAUAGCUCUGACAGCUUUUUCCGUCUGCGCCGUGGUUAUUUACAUCCUGAAUUGAUGGAAGCUGAAGGACGUUAGGACUCGUACAUACUUCAUGACCGUCCCCGGUAACGCAACAGGGGACGUUGUACGAGCCCCCCAGGAUCAGUGGUCAAUCUCGAAAGCACUUGGUGUGAUUCUCAUUAAGUACAAUUUGGGAGGCCCUAUUCUAAACGACCAUUUGGACCCUCGUGGCUAUAUUUUUUCAAUGGUUUGGGGGACUUAUGUUUGGUUGUUUAACAUUUGGCCUCAUGCACGUCGCUGCAUGGUACUUCGAUUUUUCAAGUCCUUUGGAAACAGCCCUUUGGCGAGUGGCCAGUUUCUGGUGUACUGUAUUUGCAUUCUUUGCAUUUAUUGCCAGAGUUGCUUUACUAUACGUCACUGUACCAAUUUCUCAAUUCCCACACAUCACUCAAGAUAGAGCUUAUUAGCUCCACGCUGCUACGUAUAUAUAUGUCCUCAAGUCCUUGAAUUGCAGGGCCAGCUGCUAGUGUCAAUAAAUCUCCAAUCUAACGUUUUGUUGUAGUCGUAGUUCGUCCAAAUGCUCAGUUUGAUACCAG